AUUUGAGUUGCUUUCGAAUGGUCCGCCUAAUUUGACGUUUCCCUGUGGCUAUAUAAUUUCGAGAAACGAAAAACUAAUUCUUGCAAAAAGAAUAACACGAACGGCAACAGCGGUGCAACAAAGGGCGUUCGAGCUUGAAGCGAAUAUUCCACAGCAACGGGCGGAACGUUUAAUUUUCUCUACUGCAAAAACUAGCAUGAAAAGCUAGUCCGGAUGCUAGGCUAGGACGGAGGCAUUUGUUUGCCGCGAAGCUAUAAUUAAUGAUGAAAAUCACUUAAAUCACAUAGAACUGCUAGCCGCAAAAGGGAAGGAAGAGACAAAAAUCACUUCGGACUAUUAGGAGAACGAAUCAAGACCACACGAAGAGGACAGCAGUGACCCAUGGACAAGAGAUCAAAUAGUAACGCUAAAAUGAAAGGACCUAAGUCUAACAAAGAGUCGAGUACUACGCUGGAUGUGAAUCUGUGGGAGCAAAACGAAGACCGCUUUACCACCAUCGACAUGCCGGGAUCCAGGGCAUUGUGCAAGAAGGGCGCUGCAGAAGUGGUUAUCGGAGGGGGCGGCAGAGGAACCGCACCAGCAAUGGUGCCAGCGGUAGGAGCUCUGUCCCGGGUUGUCUGUCCUUCUAAUGCAUCGGCCUUGGCCAAGGACGUCGUGUCAACAGCAAAGGCAUCCAAGGCAACAACGCAAAUGAGCACCACCCCCACAGCCCUAAGCAUUGCUGGCUGCGCCUCUGGCACUGCUCUGGUUACACUCGAUUCCGCGCUCGUGGAGGCUUCCGAUGCGGAGUCUGAGCCUGAGCGGGGCAACUGGAGCGGUCGCUUCGACUUUCUGCUCUCGCUGCUGGGGUACUCCGUGGGCUUGGGAAAUGUGUGGCGCUUUCCAUACCUGUGCUACAACAAUGGCGGAGGUGCUUUUCUGAUUCCAUUCACCAUAAUGCUGGUGAUUGCAGGGCUGCCGCUAAUGUUCAUGGAACUGUCCUUUGGACAAUACGCUGCUUUGGGCCCGGUGGCCGUAUACAGGCGGUUCUGCCCUCUGUUUCGAGGCCUGGGCACUGGCAUGAUCCUGGUAUCGGCUAUCGUUAUGCUAUAUUAUAACCUUAUCAUUGCUUGGACCAUAUUCUAUAUGUUUGCCUCGCUGGGCACUACGCUUCCUUGGCAGAACUGCGAGCCGGAAUGGAGCACGAAACAUUGCUUCUCGUAUGUCCAGGCGGAUCAGUGCGAGGCCAUAAACGGAACCUACUACCUGCGCACCUGCUACAAUUCAACCAUGGCCGACGAAAAUAACAUCACGGCCCUGGCCCUGCAUGCUCUGAAGCGUCCACCAGCCGAGGAGUACUUCAACAAUUUUGUGCUAGGUCUGUCGUCCGGAAUCGAGGAGACUGGCAGCAUUAAGACCUCUUUGGCGGCCUGUCUCUUCAUGGCAUGGGUUAUUGUGUUUCUCUGCCUGUGCAAGGGUGUGCAGUCCUCCGGCAAAGUUGUGUACUUCACCGCUCUCUUUCCUUACGUCGUUUUGGUCAUUCUUUUUGUGCGGGGUGUAACCCUUCCCGGCGCUAGUACUGGCAUACUAUUCUAUCUGACACCCGACUGGAAGCAGCUAGCCAAUGCACAGGUGUGGGGUGAUGCGGCGGUGCAGAUAUUCUUUGCCCUGAGUCCCUCCUGGGGUGGCCUGAUUACCCUAUCCUCCUACAACAAGUUCUCCAACAAUUGCUACAAGGACUCCAUGAUCGUGGCUUUCUGCAAUAUUGCUACCUCGUUCUUUGCUGGGCUGGUGAUUUUCUCAAUCAUUGGCUUCCUGGCUCAUGAGCUGGAUGUGGAUGUGGGAAAAGUGGUAGAUCAAGGUGCUGGCCUGGCAUUCAUUGUCUACCCGGAAGUCGUGACCCGUCUGCCAAUUUCCCCUGUGUGGUCGGUGCUCUUCUUUGUAAUGCUUUUGACCCUGGGUCUGGACUCGCAGUUCGCUUUAAUGGAAACCGUGACCACCGCCAUUUUGGAUAAGUUUCCCAACCUGCGUCACUCCAAAAUCUGGGUGGUGCUGUCGGUGGCUAUAUUUGGGUACAUCGGCGGACUCGGCUUCACCACCAAUAGCGGGAUGUAUUGGCUACAACUAAUGGACAAAUACGCAGCCAAUUGGUCUGUCCUACUCAUUGCUAUCUCUGAGUGCAUUCUUAUUUCCUGGGUGUACGGAUCACAGCGUUUCCUCAACGACAUCCAGGGCAUGAUUGGCAAGAGAUCUUGGCUGUGGAACAUCUUCUGGGGCAUCAUGUGGCGGUACAUAACACCAGCCACUCUUCUGUUCAUCCUGUUCUUCAAUUGGGUGGAAUACAAGCCGGCCAAGUAUGGGCACUACGUCUAUCCCUUGUGGGCUGACACUGUCGGAUGGAUCAUCGGACUGCUGCCAGUGCUUAUUGUGUUCCUGGUAGGCUUUCAGCAAAUCUGGAAGGCGCCCAUGCAGCUCAGCUUCCUGGAGCGUAUCAAGUUUCUGCUUAGACCUACCGCCGAAUGGGGGCCGGCGGGCAGACCCUGCGUUAACCUACAUGCCGAACGUUAUCAGACCCAGAACUACGAUGGCGUGACCAAUACACAGAUCCUGAUCCAUGGUUCCUCCGAUGCCAUGCAACUUUGAGAACGGGUUAAGGCAUCCUCGUUGACAGUGGUGACCGUUGAUGUGGACGUUGAUGCCCUGCCACUGGCAACUGUUGGCAAGCUGCCAGGACCAAGCAUCCUAAAGUCCUCAGCGAGGCAAAGAAGCAUUCAACAUGCUAUAGUUGAGAACAGUAGCCACAGGAAGCAGACCCAGGCACUCACCCAUACCCAGACCACUUCCAGCAAGCAGCCUGUCGUCUUGACAGAUAAGGAAACAGUGAACAACCAAACUGUUGAAAAAAACUCGGUUGGCACUACCAAAGUUCUGGCAACUGGCACCAUGAGCAGCGGACGUGAGUGCAUCACCAUGUCCACAUUCGCAGGCGUUGGGGAGAAGGACUUCAAGAAAGUAAAUCCACCGUCACUUGGAACUCUUGCUUCAGUCAAAGUGUCCGGGACCUCUACUGUUACAUCUCCUACAAAAGUAUCGGCACCUGCAAAACUCGGUGCUGCUGUAACUCCAGCCACCAUGGCGUCACCGGCAGCAGCCAUAUCCUCUAUCGUGGAUGCCAUCAAAAUGACUUCGUCAGCAGAGGCGGCUGCUUCUUCAGUCUCAGAAGGGAUCCCGGAGUUAGCUAAGUCCAAAACCAUUCCUGAUGCUAGGGUAUCAGAGGACAAGCCUAUAUCAGGCCUCACUAUAAAUCCCACUGAAACGAAACCAACUGCACGUCCGACAGAAGCUAAGCAGAAAACUAAACCUUCAUCGACUGCAAACGUUAAUAUGGCCAGCACCACAACAGUCAAUGCCAAAGUGAUUGCGAAUGCAUCAGAUUUUCCCAAACAGAAGGCGCAAGUAGCUGACUGUAUAACGGGCACAUUUACCCAGACAGGUCUUUGUGAUGCCAAGGAGAGAGCGAAGCCAACUACUGUCAAAGGAUGGUCGAUUUCCAAGAUUUCAACAACAGCAAGCACAGCGAAUACUGCAACUGCAGCACCAAACCCUCAAGUAGCAAAAUCCAUAACAGCGGGUACUAUUUCUACCAAAAGCACAAGCACAACAGCCAAGGGAUCAUGUUCAAAGCCUACAACAAGUGGAGCAAAAGCCACGCCAGCAACUGCCAAGCUAUCCGAGGGAUCGGAAACCGCCCCAAGGGAAAUAACAUCUGUCAAACCAUCAUCCACAGCUCUUCAAACAAAACGGAGCUCUGCAACAUCAGACAUCGCAACAAAAGCAAAAAACAAAGUGAAGGCCACCAAACCAGGCACUGUAAAGCCAAUAGCUUCAAGUCCCACAAAGUCGACAGUCAAGCCAAUAAACCCAAUGGCGACCAGUCCCACAAAAACAGUAAAAGGAAAGUCUAUAACAUCACCUGGAACCUCUGCCAAGACAGCAUCAUCAGCUGGAACGUCUGGUAAGACAGGAGCACCUACCAGUAAGACUACUAGCAGUCACGGCAAAGCGAAGGCAUCUAAAUAGGCAGACGAAGAGAUCUCGUAUUCUCUCAUACAAAUAAAAAACGGUUUGAAUGAAAAAGAACUGUUACAUGCUACCCCUACCUAAUACUAUUUUGAUAAGUAUAUCUACA